CUAAUUUGCGUUAAACAUCAUAUAGGAACAUUUAUUUAGCAGUGGUGGUGUGGCAGUUUUGCACGAGUCCUGCUCUUGAUUGAAAUUGAUAGGUUUGCGUUGUUUGAAAAGCCAUUUCAUUCCGGGGCUAAUGGGCUCAAGUAGACAGGAUAAGGCAGCCUAUAAUUUGAACAUUUAAAUAUAUAUGUAUAUAUCAUAUAUAUAUAUCAUAUAUUUCUGUCCUACAUGUUCAUUGUAUUUAUGUUGGUCUCAUUACUUCCCAUAAACCGUGUAUACUUUGGGAGCUAUGCUGAGAGGGGAGUACAAGAGUUUGUCCUUCAGGCACUGUGGACAAAAGUGAACUGUAUGUAUCUGUAUGGAACUCGGUGCAGGCGGUUGUGCUCCUGUCGCCGUAGACAGAACAGACGCAACACGGAUUCACUUUAUCGUCUGCUGUUAGAGAUCAUUUUCUAAACGGAAACCAGCUGUCGGGCUUCAGCAACAAGCAAUUGUUUGGGUGUUCAGGGAUAUUAGCACCUUCAUUAACUACCGCACCCUCCUUGUUCGUAAAUCCGACAGACUCAUUUCGGAGUUCGCUCCACCGUGAAGCCAGCCGCACCACAUGCCUUCAAUGCUUUCGGUUGUUGCGAGCUUUGUUUUGUCUCUUCGAGAAACCGGAGUGAAUGGGAGAACUCAUAUCGAGUUCAGAAGAACGAACGUAUGACAAUCAGCAUUUUUUUUGUAAUGGUAUUAAUAUGAGAACAAGAUUAGCACUGUCCGAAGAUGACUUAUUUUCUUCCUAUUUCCCGUGAUUUUUAACCUCUCCGCUGCAGCUAGUCUGCCUUUGGACUUUUUCUUUUAUUGUUGAAUAUGCCUCUGGUGAAAGUUUUGAGUUAUCCAACGAAGGGACUGCUCUACGGCUUUUACUGCACUGUACAAUAGAUGAGUGCGGAAAGUGGAAGCAGUGUAACUCGAGGCGGGGUUAAAGUUCAGCUCUAUGGGGUGGUGAAGCGUUGGUUGCAGUUCGCAGAGUUGGAAAUGUGAAAGCAAGAAGCAGGCUUUAUUUUUUCCCUCUCUCUCCCUUCUGUCUCUCCUUUUUUUUCUUUUCAAAACACGGACACAGCCAUCACGGACACAGCCAUCACGCAUACACGGGCAAACACGGACACACACCCACACAUAAUUCACACAUACACACACACUCACUCACACACCAUCACACACAUAAACACGCAGACCCGUUCGUGUAACCCAAACACACACACAUACAUACACCCUCCACAUCCAAGAUUAGAUACAACAGAUAUGUAUUCUCCGCUAUGCCUAACACAGGAUGAAUUCCAUCCUUUCAUCGAAGCACUGCUGCCCCACGUGCGAGCGUUUGCCUACACAUGGUUCAACUUGCAGGCCCGCAAGAGAAAGUACUUCAAGAAGCAUGAGAAGCGCAUGUCUAAGGAAGAGGAGCGCGCGGUGAAGGACGAGCUGCUCAGCGAGAAGCCCGAGGUCAAGCAGAAGUGGGCAUCGCGCCUUCUGGCCAAGCUCCGCAAGGACAUCCGGCCCGAGUUCCGGGAGGAUUUUGUGCUCACCGUCACCGGGAAGAAGCCCCCGUGCUGCGUGCUGUCCAACCCCGACCAGAAGGGUAAGAUGAGGAGGAUCGACUGCCUGCGUCAAGCAGACAAAGUCUGGAGGUUGGACCUGGUCAUGGUGAUUUUAUUCAAAGGUAUUCCCCUCGAAAGUACUGAUGGCGAAAGGCUGGUAAAGUCCCCACAGUGCUCGAACCCAGGGCUGUGUGUGCAGCCUCAUCACAUUGGAGUUUCUGUGAAGGAGCUCGACCUCUACUUGGCCUACUUUGUGCACGCAGAUGGCCAGUCAGACAGUCCCAACCAGCAGAGUGAGUCUGAUAUCAAGGACCAGCCUGAGAACGGACAUCUUGGCUUCCAGGACAGCUUCGUCACAUCGGGGGUCUUCAGUGUUGCCGAACUCGUGCGAGUCUCACAGACCCCCAUCGCAGCGGGGACGGGUCCUAACUUCUCGCUGGCGGACUUGGACAGCUCCUCCUACUACAGCAUGAGCCCCGGGGCCAUGAGGCGGCCCUUACCAAGCACCUCCUCCAGCAGCUCGGCCAAGAGGAUCAAGUGUAUGGAGGAUGAGGUGGACAGUCCAGGAGAGGAGUCCUACUACCCGGGUCAGGGUCGCUCCCCGGGCAGCGGCAGCCAGGCCAGCAGCUGGCACGAAGUGGAACCAGCUGGAUAUAAACUGCGUGGCUCGCUAGCUAGUUCGUUCAUCUCAAGACAAGGGAUGCCAUCGCCCACCACAUUAAAGAAGUCAGAGAAGUGUGGUUUCAGCAGCCCUGUCGUGCCUUCGCAGACCACCUCCUCCCCCCGAACGGCAUUCACACACCAUCAUCGGCCUGUCAUUACAGGACCUAGAGCGAGUCCCCACGCCACGCCGUCGAGCCUCCACUUCCCCACGUCGCCCAUCAUCCAGCAGCCCGGCUCCUACUUCUCCCACCCGGCCAUCCGUUACCACCCCCAGGAGAGCCUCAAGGAGUUUGUCCAACUUGUCUGCCCCGACUCUGGUCAGCAGGGAGGACAGGUGGGCUUCCUUAACAAGUAUGCAGAAAUACCAUGGGGAAAAUACUGUACAAGUGGUCGAAGAGAGAGCACUGCAGUGGAGCCCAACGGAAGCAGUCAGGGGAAGGUCCACAACCCAUUCCUGCCCACCCCCAUGCUGCCCCCUCCACCCCCGCCCCCCAUGGCGCGGCCCGUACCCCUGCCUGUGCCAGACUCCAAACCACCCUCCACCUCCACCGAGGGAGGGGGAAACUCCCCCACCUCGCCAACCUACUCCACACCGAGCACGUCCCCAGCCCAGCGCUUCGUCAGUGUGGGCCCCCGAGACCCCAGCUUUGUAAAUAUCCCUCAGCAGCCCCAGUGGUACCUGGGAUAAGGACUCCAGACCCCCUCGCCGCCCGCUGGACAGAUCGCUGGACCCCCUACUUUCUCCCCUGAGUCCGACCCGACCUGAACCGACCAACACCCCGCAAACGUGCCCACGCGUCUGACAGAGAGAAGCCCAACAGCCCGCCCCCCCCACCCAAUCUGUCGCCGUCUCCUCACCCCCAGCGCCUGAGAGACUAGAGCAUCAGCAUGGCUACAACACCCCCCCCCCCCCCCCCCCCACCCCUAGAAAACAAGAGGAGAGCUACUCACCGCUAGAUACACUAUAUAUCUAUAUAGCCCAUAUAUAUCCCCCAUUCACAUGGUUGGUUUAUAUGCCUAUAUUCAUAUAUAGUACCAGUCACCUCAACUGUUUAUUGGAAGAGAGCUAGCAGCCUAUAUAUCCUGGGAAAGUGCACGUCGUCUUGUUCCUUUUCUUUCUUCUCGUCCACCCCACUUUGCCGCGGAGGGGGCAUGAUCAUGUGACUAAAUCAAAGAGCUUCCCUAUACCUUUCGUCGUCGUAGCCGAACUUUGAAGAGGGUCCGGCGGGCGAGAAAGGCACAGAGAGCUAUGCGUCCUGUGUACGUGUAUGUGCCGAAACGAGGGGAAGAUCAAAGCUCUUGUUUCCUCUCCGUCUUUGCCCCUCUCUCUUGUUGUUUCCGUACUCUGUUGAGUUUGUUGGGGGUUAUUGCCCCUGGUUGGGUGGCUCGCGGAUGUGGAGGUUUUAGCUGGCUCGGAUACCAACCAGUUAAUACCUCUCACCCCCCCCACCAUCACCUCUCAUCCCCCCCCCCC